AUGAUUCUGGCAUUUGGUCUGAUUUUCCCCUUUAUUACUGCUGUACUAUGUAAUACGACUGCGUCCGUGAACAUCAAGAAUGGACCGAUUAUUGGUGAAAGACGUGAAGAAUAUUAUGCGUUCGAAGGUAUACCAUAUGCGAAACCACCGCUGGGUAAGUUACGCUUCGCAUCAUCAGAACUGAACGAUGAUCGCUGGACUGAGCCCCGUAACACGACAGAGCGAGGCGCCGUAUGUCUACAGUGGAACCACCUAAAUCCGAACAAUGAUAAACUGGAAGGUGCUGAAGAUUGUCUCUAUCUAAAUGUUUACACGAGAUCAAUUGAUCCAUCUGCCCAGCUACCUGCGGUAGUGUUCAUACACGGAGGCGCAUUAAUGUUUGGUACGGGAAACUUCUACGAGCCGGACCAUUUAAUGCGUCGGCAGUUGAUCCUGGUUACUUUCAACUAUCGACUAGGACCACUCGGAUUUCUCAGCACCGAAGACGAUGUGAUUCCUGGGAACUAUGGACUGAAGGAUCAAGUGACCGCUUUACGAUGGAUUCGAGAAAACAUUCAAUCAUUCGGUGGAGAUCCCAACACUGUCAGCAUAGUGGGCUAUUCAGCUGGUUCUGCUAGCGUGCAUCUCCAUUAUCUAUCUUCUCUAUCGAGCGGACUAUUUAGUUCCGGCAUUGGACAUAGCGGAUCCGCACUUAAUCCUUGGGUAUUUACUGAGCGAUCGAUAGAAAAAGCCAUACGAAUCGGGGCAGUGCUAGGUUGUCCAACAAGAAACACACCAGCACUUCUAAGCUGUUUACGCAAAGUUCCGGCAGAGGACAUCGUGCGGCAAGUAUCGCAUUUUCUCGACUUCUUAUACAAUCCUUUCUCGCCAUUCGGUGUGGUCGUGGAAAAAGAUGGUCCUCUUAAUCCUCAUCCUUUUCUCACGGACUCACCACGUUCGCUCAUGAAGCAUGGUAACAUUGCCAAGGUACCGCUGAUUCUUUCGGUUACACAAGCGGAAGGUCUCUACCCGGGGGCAGAGUUUAUUAGUGAUCAAAGACAUCUGCAACGAAUUGACUCCCAGUGGAAUGAGCUUAUGCCAAGCAUUCUUGACUACAAAAAUGCCGUUCCCGAUCCCAAGAAGCGUAACAAUCUAUCAGAUACAAUUCGGAACCACUACUUCAAAGCAGACGAACGAUUAACUUUGAAUAAUUUUAAUGUGCUUAUUGAGAUCAUAUCCAACCGACUCUACUUCGCAGGCGUAACCGAGUCAGCAAAGCUGAUGCAUCCUUUCAUUAAUGUAUACCUUUAUUACGAUCUCUACAAAAGCAAGUACGGCGUUGGCGAGGCUCUAUCCCACCACGAUCAACCGGGAUUGCUGGGAGUUGCACACGGUGAUGAUGUGCUGCUUAUAUUCCCUAGCGUUCUUCGAGAAAACAUACCAUACACAGAGGAGGAAAUGGUGGUAGUAGAUCGAUUUGUUGCAAUGUAUGAAUCCUUUGCCAAAGGAGAUAGACCACGCUUUGGUGCUUAUGAAUUACCGUUACAAGAUUCCGACGAUAUGGUGGGGUUUUUAAAACUUAACUAUCCAAACAGUGAAGUUGUACGUGCCGCGGAAUUGAGCGAUGAAACGUUUUGGAACACUCUUGAUUUUAAUGAUGGACCCUAUCCAUCAUCUCCUGAGCAUAUGCAUACCGAGCUGUAG